AUGACCGUGCCAUAUACCACCAAGAGGGCUGCGUCUGAUCUCGGCCCUCGUCGUCUCCAUGCCGACAAUAUCAAUCCCAACGUCAAGGCGGCCAAGUAUGCUGUCCGUGGUGAGCUUGCCGUCAAGGCAGAGGAGUACCGUGUGAGGUUGGCCAAGGGAGACAAGUCCUUGCCCUUUGACAGUGUCAUCUUCGCCAAUAUUGGCAACCCCCAGCAGCUGGAUCAGAAACCCAUCACCUUCUUCCGUCAGGUACUCAGUCUCCUCGAGAACCCGGCACUGCUGGAGAAACCGGAGGCCCUGCGUUCGUCUUUCGGCUACAACCAGGACGUCAUUGACCGGGCCAAGAAGCUUCUUGCGGACAUUCAGAGCGUCGGUGCCUACAGUCACAGCCAGGGAGCGCCAUUAAUCCGGGAGAGCGUGGCCAGAUUCAUCGAGGAGCGUGACGGCUUCCCCGCCAACCCUCAAGACCUGUACCUCUGCGCUGGUGCCUCGUCCGGUGUUAGCACCCUGCUGAACGUCAUCUGCAACGCCCCUAGCGCCGGUGUCCUUGUGCCGAUUCCCCAAUAUCCUCUGUACACCGCCACCCUGUCUCUUCUCAAUGCGCAGUGCGUCCCAUACCUCCUGGAGGAGGACAAGGCCUGGGGUACAGACGUGGAGGCCAUCCGGCAAUCUCUGGUGCGCGCCAAGGCCGAGGGCACCGAGGUUCGUGCCAUCGUUGUCAUCAACCCCGGUAACCCGACGGGUGCCUCACUGAGCCCCGAGGACAUCAAGAGCGUCCUUGACGUCGCCGCAGAGGAGAAGCUGGUCGUCAUUGCCGACGAGGUGUACCAGACCAACGUCUUCGUGGGCGAGUUUACAUCGUUCAAGAAGAGACUGCGCCAGCUCCAGCAGGAGGUGCCUGGGAAGUACGACAACGUCGAACUCGCUUCUCUGCACAGUGUGUCCAAGGGUAUGGUGGGCGAAUGCGGCCACCGAGGCGGUUACUUCGAGCUCGUCGGAUUCGACCCCUUGGUCGCCGCCGAGAUCUACAAGUUUGUCAGCAUCAUGCUGUGCCCGCCGGUGAUCGGUCAGUGUCUGGUCGAGCUUAUGGUGAACCCACCCAAGAAGGGUGAGCCCAGUUACGAGUUGUAUGAGAAGGAGUACAACGGCAUUAGCGAUGGUCUACACAAGCGUGCCCUCGCCCUGUACGAAGCCUUCAAGCAGAUGGAGGGUGUCGAAUGUCAAGAGCCUCAGGGCGCCAUGUACCUCUUCCCCAGCAUCACCCUGCCCCCUAAGGCCGUCGAAGCCGCUGCCGCUGAAGGCCGGCCCGCCGACGAGUUCUACUGCCUGCGCCUCCUCGACGCAACGGGCGUUUGCGUGGUCCCCGGUUCCGGUUUUGGACAGAAGGAGAACACCCUUCACUUCCGCACAACCUUCCUUGCCCCCGGCACUGCCUGGGUCGAGCGGAUCGUCAAGUUCCACGCCGAGUUCAUGGCCACGUAUAAAUAG